GUAGCUGCUUGUAGCUCCUCACCAGCUCUGCGAGAAUAAAUACCUUGGCUGGAGGUGGAAAGAUUGCCCGCAGCUCUGUCAAACCUCCAUCAUCACACACGCCUCCCAUCCAAUCCCGCCUGUUUUUGGUGGAGUUUCGCCCCAAAUACAAAUCACUUCCUCAUCGGGCCAGAGCUUCCUCUCUCCGGAGCUUUCGACCAUCUCAGGGCACUUAAACCCAGCGCCUCUUUUCUUCUUCUCCGUCACCGCCGCUCCAUCAUCCCCAAAUUUCUCAUCACCACUUCUUCACAAUGGGCAAGGUCCUGCUCGUGCUCUACGACGGUGGUGAACAUGCUCAGCAAGAGCCCCGCCUUCUAGGCACGACCGAGAACGAGCUUGGUAUCCGCAAGUGGUUGGAGGACAAGGGCCACACCCUCAUCACCACCUCCGACAAGGAGGGCGAGAACAGCAAGUUCGAUCAGGAGCUUGUUGACGCCGAAGUCAUCAUCACCACUCCCUUCCAUCCCGGCUACCUCACCGCUGAGCGUCUGGCCAAGGCCAAGAACCUCAAGAUUGCCAUCACCGCUGGUAUUGGUUCUGACCACGUCGACCUCAACGCCGCCAACAAGACCAAUGGCGGCAUCACCGUCGCCGAGGUCACCGGAUCGAACGUUGUCUCCGUUGCCGAGCACGUGCUCAUGACCAUCCUGACCCUCGUCCGCAACUUCGUGCCAGCGCACGAAAUGAUCGAGCGCGGUGACUGGAACGUCGCCGAGGCGGCCAAGAACGAGUACGAUCUCGAGAACAAGGUCGUGGGCACCGUCGCCGUCGGCCGCAUUGGUGAGCGUGUCCUGCGCAGGCUGAAGCCCUUUGACUGCAAGGAACUGCUCUACUUCGACUACCAGCCCCUCUCCAAGGAGGUGGAGCAGGAGAUUGGCUGCCGCCGCGUCGACAGCUUGGAGGACAUGUUGUCUCAGUGUGACAUCGUCACCAUCAACUGUCCGCUCCACGAGAAGACUCGCGGUCUGUUCAACAAGGACCUCAUCAGCAAGAUGAAGAAGGGCUCAUGGCUCGUCAACACCGCCCGUGGCGCCAUUGUCGUCAAGGAGGACGUGGCCGAGGCGCUCAAGAGCGGCCAUCUCCGCGGCUACGGCGGUGACGUGUGGUUCCCUCAGCCGGCCCCCAAGGAUCACCCGCUCCGCUACGCAAAGAACCCAUGGGGCGGCGGGAACGCCAUGGUGCCGCACAUGUCCGGCACGUCCAUCGACGCCCAGGAGCGUUAUGCCGCCGGCACCAAGGCCAUCCUCGAAUCCUACUUCAGCGGCAAGCACGACUACAGGCCACAGGAUCUGAUCGUGCACGGUGGUGACUACGCCACCAAGGCUUACGGCCAGCGUGACAAGAAAUGAGCAUGUGCGCAGGAGUGAGUGGGACAAAUUGGAGGCGCUCGAGUGCUGGGAAGGAGGGGCGUGGUAGUAGUUCUCUAUGGGGCUGAGGAGAGGUGCAAAAAUCCGUACAGAAUGCCGCAAUGGAAUAAUUCUCAGCCACGUUACUUGUGUCCUUUUAGCCAUUGCCAUCCAUGUUGGGGUUGUUGGUAAACCGCUCGAAUGUGACGCCCUCAUCUCAUCUUCACGUGCUUCUCGGCAAUACAUAAA